AUGUUCCACCAAGCCGCCGAGGAGGCCAGCGGGAACGCCAGCUGCGAGGAGCAGCCCUCCCCCGUCCCCUCCUCCUCCUCCGCUGCCGCCUGCAACUCCAGCGCGGGCGGGGGAGGGGGGGACGCGCUCCUGCUGCCCACCUUCUCCACCGCCGCCAAGGCGCGGGUCGUCAUCACCUUCACCCUGUGCGCCGUGUCCGCCGUGUGCAACCUGGCCGUGCUGUGGGCCGCCAGCCACGGCGGCCGCCGCAAGUCCCACGUCCGCAUCCUGAUCGUGAACCUGACGGCGGCCGACCUGCUGGUCACCUUCAUCGUGAUGCCCGUGGACGCGGCGUGGAACAUCACCGUGCAGUGGCAGGCGGGAGACGUGGCCUGCCGGGCCCUCAUGUUCCUCAAGCUGGUGGCCAUGUACUCGUGCGCCUUCGUCACCGUGGUGAUCAGCCUGGACCGCCACUCGGCCAUCCUCAACCCGCUGGGCAUCAGCGAGGCCAAGAGGAGGAGUCAGAUCAUGCUGUCGGUGGCGUGGACCAUGAGCGUGCUGCUCUCGCUCCCGCAGAUCUUCAUCUUCCACAACGUGACCAUCACGGUGCCAGAGCGCUUCACCCAGUGCACCACUCGCGGGAGCUUCGUGCAGCACUGGCAGGAGACUGUCUACAACCUGUUCACCUUCGUGUGUCUCUUCCUGCUGCCCCUGGUCAUCAUGAUCUUCUGCUACGCCCGCAUCCUGGUGGAGAUCUCCAGCCGCAUGGGGAGAGGCAGCCGGCUCUCUCGAGAGGUCCACCUCCGCCGCUCGCACAACAACAUCCCCAAAGCCCGCAUGAGGACCUUGAAGAUGAGCAUCGUCAUCGUCACGUCCUUCAUCGUUUGCUGGACCCCCUACUACCUGCUGGGCCUGUGGUACUGGCUGUUCCCCGAGGACAUGGAGGAGACCGUGUCCCACUCGUUGACGCACAUGCUGUUCAUUUUCGGCUUGUUCAACGCCUACGCACUGCCUACCCAUCCCACGCUCACCCACGGCCUAUUCACCAUCCACUUCCACCACCGGCCGACGGCGGGCCCCGUCGGCGGCAGCGAGCAGAGGGGCCAGCAGGAGGAGACCUGCCACAGCGUUAAGAGCAGCUUUGUGUCCGUUAGCAACGGGAGCCAGGACGACGCCCAGAAGUCCGGCCCCAUCAGCCAGGUGUAA